AUGGCUUCCACCGCCAUUCCCCGGAAUCCCAUCCUCCGCAGGACCGUCACCUCGGCCACUGCCACCGACUCCGAGUCGUCGGCCGCCGUCUCGCCCUCCGACUCCCCUCGUCACUCGGCCUCGUCCACGUCGCUCUCCUCCCUCUCCUCCAUCGACGUCGCCGACCCCAAGCCCGCCUAUACGGGCCUCGUCGACACGUACGGCAACGCCUUCACGCCCCCCGAUUUCACCAUCAAGGACAUCCGCGAUGCCAUCCCCGCCCACUGCUUCGAACGCUCCGCCCUGAAGGGCUACGCAUACAUCCUGCGUGACAUGGCCUGCAUCGCCACCACCUUCCUUCUCUGCCACAACUUUGUCACCCCCGAGUACAUCCCCUCGACGCCCGUCCGCGCCCUGCUCUGGGGCUUGUACACGGUCCUCCAGGGCCUCUUCGGUACCGGCCUCUGGGUCAUCGCCCACGAGUGUGGUCACCAGGCCUUCUCGCCCUCCAAGGUCGUCAACGACACCACCGGCUGGGUCCUGCACUCGGCCCUGCUCGUCCCCUACUUCUCCUGGAAGAUCUCCCACGGCAAGCACCACAAGGCCACCGGCAACAUGGAGCGCGACAUGGUCUUUGUGCCCCGCACCCGCGAGCAGCAGGCCUCGCGCCUCGGCAAGCUGGUCCACGAGCUCGGCGAGCUGGCUGAGGAUGCCCCCGCCUACACCCUCCUCAUGCUCAUCGGCCAGCAGCUCAUCGGCUGGCCCAACUACCUCCUGACCAACGUCACCGGCCACAACUACCACGAGCGCCAGCGCGAGGGCCGCGGCAAGGGCAAGCACAACGGCUUCGGCGGCGGCGUCAACCACUUCGACCCUCGCAGCCCCCUGUAUGAGCAGAAGGACGGCAAGCUCAUCCUCCUCAGCGACCUGGGCAUCGCCAUCACCGCCAGCGUCCUGUACUUCCUCGGCAGCCGCUUCGGAUGGGCCAACUUGGCCGUCUGGUACAUGAUCCCGUAUCUUUGGGUCAACCACUGGCUCGUCGCCAUCACCUUCCUCCAGCACACUGACCCGUCUCUGCCGCACUACACGGCCGACGAGUGGAACUUUGUCCGCGGUGCCGCUGCCACCAUCGAUCGCGAGAUGGGCUUCAUCGGCCGCCACCUGCUCCACGGCAUCAUCGAGACGCACGUCCUGCACCACUACGUCAGCACCAUUCCCUUCUACAACGCUGACGAGGCAUCGGACGCCAUCCGCCCCGUCAUGGGCAAGCACUACCGGUCCGACACCAAGGACGGCCCCUGGGGCUUCAUCCGCGCCAUGUGGCGAAGCGCUCGCAUGUGCCAGUGGGUCGAGCCCAGCGAGAAGGCCGAGGGCGCUGGCAAGGGCGUUCUCUUCUUCCGCAACACCAACGGCCUGGGCACCAAGCCGUUGAGCAUGAAGAAGCCCGAGUAA